AUGACAAUUGACAUUAAAAAUUGGUUCCAAAUUGCAGUUGAAAAUUAUAAUUUAAAAGAAAUCCCUUAUGAUGACUUUGGAAUAUUAAAAUAUGUAAAUCGUGGUGCAUUUGGAAAUGUUUACUGUACUUCUUGUAACUCAAUACCGAGUGAAAAGGUUGCUGUGAAGGAAAUAUAUAUUACAGAAGAUGAUGAUGAAAAAAGAAUUAAAAUGUUUCUUAACGAGGGUGGAACUUUACGGGAAUAUCUAAAAACCGCUAUACUUUCCUGGGAAAAAAAAGUUGAAUUAGCACUACAAAUAGUUGAAGGAAUGUCUUAUUUACACAAUAAGAUGAUUACUCAUCGCGAUUUG